CUUUAGUCUAGUCUCAGAUCGAUCUCUGUAUGGUGACAUACAAAAGUCCGUCUGAUAGCAACUGCUGACAUUUUCCAGUAAAGUCUUUCCAGGAUCACAACUAUGACUUCCAAAUCCAAGGUUAGUGUUCCAGGUGACAAGGCGUCCUCAUCUCUACUUCUGUCCUCUCCACCUUAUCAGCGCCUGAUCACCAAAGAGGGACGCUGUGCUUUUCGUGUCCCUCUGUCUUCUUCAGGCUCACGGAGAGAGUCUUUGCACAGAGCUUGGCUGCUGGCCCUGCAGGACCUGUGGGGACUGCUGGUAAAUCUUCGCUGGAGAUGGACUCUUCUGGCCUUCUGCAGCUCCUUCGUGGCUCACUGGUUGUUUUUUGCCUGUCUCUGGUAUUUGUUGGCUCAUCUGAAUGGAGACCUUGAUGUGCAAGAUCACGAUGCCCCACCACAGGGGCAUGUUGUCUGUGUAAAGUACAUUACAAGCUUCUCUGCUGCCUUUUCUUUCUCUUUGGAGACACAGCUAACCAUCGGUUAUGGCACCAUGUUCCCCAGUGGAGACUGUCCCAGUGCCAUAGCGUUGCUAGCUGUACAGAUGCUGCUGGGGCUCAUGCUGGAAGUAUUUAUCACAGGUGCAUUUGUAGCCAAGCUCUCCCGCCCCCAGAAACAAGCAGGAGCCAUCCAGUUCAGCCCCCAGGCAGUGGUAGGUCAACACCUGGGCCAGACGUGCCUCAUGGUCCGAGCCACCAAUCUGCUGAAGCGGCCUCUGGUCGAUGUAAAGUUGAGUGCUGUGCUUUACAAGUGUGAAGGUCAGGCUCUCCACCAGACCUCUCUGGACUUCUAUUUGGACCAUUUGGGCCAAAAGGCAUGUCCUUUGUUCAUAUUCCCACUCACCUUUUACCACCCCCUGGAGCCUCAGAGCCCGCUCUACCCUGCCCUGUGUGAGGGGUCCUCCACUAACUUUGAGUUGGUGGUUUUCCUGUCGGCCUUGCAGGAGGGAACUGGUGACUCAUGCCAGAAGAGGACCUCCUACCUUCGCCAAGAAAUCAAAUUAAACCACUGCUUUGCCCCUGCUUUCAGGAUAGACUCCUGCGGGAGGUACACAGUGAGCUCCCAGCACUUAAGCACAGCCCCUUCAAAUGAGCCUGUGAACAAAGACUCUGUAGUGCAGAUCAACAGUGAUGGGAUGGAGCAAGGAUGCUGAAGGAAAAUCUCAAGAGAUAGUAAUUUUCUUUUUUCUCAGGAGGUAUUUCACUGAAUCUUGUAAACAUUAAUAAAUGAUUAAGCAUAAAAAAAUCAAGUGCACGUCAGACACACUGUCAGUGCUGGUGCAGACUCCAUCACCAUCAAGUCCUCGGUGCAAAACCUAAGGAAGCGUGUUCCUGAGGUCCAUAUUGUAGAAUGUUUAGCUGAUUUUAGAGUUCAGAAAUGUGUUAAAAUAUAAUGUAGAACUAUUGUAGAGACACUGCCCUUAAAGUAAUAAAGGCUGACUGUGUCGUGAACUUAGGAGUAGAGUGUAGGAGACCUCCCCCACUGAGUGGAAAUUCCCCAGAGGAUGUAUGGGUGGGGGUCUCAACAUUUGUAACUGUGGUCUGGAAGGGAGAGGGGUUUUAUGACCUCUAGGGAGUUACCUACACCCAUAGUGUUUUAACUGUCACGCACACACAUCCACACGCACACUCACUCAUGUGCACUCACACAUACACACAGGUACACAGUCACACACGAGCACUCACAUAGACACGAGGGAAUGCACACAUGUAGGCAUUCAUGUGCUCGUGCACAUAAACACAGACAGAGUUUGCAGCACACCGUGGGGGGUUUUAUGAUGGGGUCACCUCUAUAAAGCUGGCUGUAACUAACAAAGGGGUGAAGAUUUAGAGAGGGACACCGGCC